AUGGUCGCAUCGUCGACUUGCACGUCAACCCGGCUAUCGGGAAGGAGGGCCCCAAGGCUAUCGAGGAGCUCGUGGCUGCGGCCGUCAAUCGCGCCCAUGACCGACUCAGGGAGGAGACUAGGAAGCAGGUUCUGGAGAGCCUGCCGCCCAAUGUUGACCCGGCUAUGGUGCUCAGGGCUUUGCCGUGACGUGGUGGCAGUGGGGGAAUGUAUAGCUUCGUGUAGGCUUUGUGUAGGUACUUAAUUGUAGGGUAGGAGGAAGGGAUGAAAUAUAUUUUGACUUUAUCGAAAA